AAAUCAGUCGGUUUGCAGACUUUCGCGUGUGCGGUGGUAACAAACGCGGAAAAAGACAGAGCGACGAGAAACAGUGAGAAAGAGAACUUACAUAUGUAUGUGAAGACUGAGGAAUCUCGGAUUAGGGCGAGAUUUGUUGACAGUUCGAAUCAUGUGCAAAGCGAGUGAGAAAUAGUUAAAUUAUUGUCGAGAACAAGUCACAGCCUAAACUGUAGCUGUAGUAGAAUAAGCUGUGUUUGCUUUACAUAAUUAACAAGUGGAGUGUGAAAGAAAAUCCAAAAAAAUCCCAUAAAACAAGUAGAACUAGAAUCGAAAUAUAUUCGUAACGGAACUUGACUUUCCGGGUGAGAGAGGAGCGACGCGCGUUUCAAGCAGAGGCUCAUUAGUCUUACAUGCAUUAAAUUGCAUAACUCAGCAACAGUAACAGCUGAAGAAUCAUCAGAACCAGUAGAAGAUGAUGCUCCACUUACGUCACUGGCCAUUAAUGCUGGCCAUCGCUUCCUGCAUUGGCCCAGCCCCGGCCACAACGACAUCAUCUCCAUCCUCCAUACCAGGCAAAUAUCAGGCCUUGGGUGCAGCAGCUCAACAACAGCCCAAUAAACUGAAAAUAGGAGCUGGAGCUGGAGCGGCAGUCAACGCUUCCUCAUUGGGGGCAGCCUCCGGCGGCCGUAAACCUGUAUUCCGGCAAAAUCCGAUCAAGAAUUGGCUUGGUUCCUUCAAUCGCAAUAAUUCGCCGGCAGCUCAGAACCAAACAUCUCCGACAUGUUCCUGCAGAUGUGGCGAACGGAACGAUGAGUCAAGGAUCGUAGGGGGGACCACCGCUGGUGUCAGCGAGUACCCCUGGAUGGCUCGGCUGAGCUACUUCAAUAGGUUCUACUGUGGGGGGACAUUAUUAAACGAUCGCUACGUGCUGACGGCGGCGCACUGCGUCAAGGGCUUCAUGUGGUUCAUGAUCAAGGUUACCUUCGGAGAGCAUGACCGCUGCAACGACAAGGAGCGGCCCGAAACGCGCUUCGUACUGCGCGCCUUCAGCCAGAAAUUCAGCUUCUCCAACUUUGAUAACGACAUUGCCCUUCUCCGACUGAACGACAGAGUGCCGAUCACCAGCUUCAUUCGCCCCAUCUGCCUGCCACGAGUGGAGCAGCGCAACGAACUGUUCGUGGGCACCCGUGCUAUCGCAACCGGCUGGGGUACCCUCAAGGAGGAUGGGAAGCCUUCGUGCCUGCUGCAGGAGGUUGAGGUCCCAGUGCUCGACAACGAGGAGUGUGUGGCCCAAACCAACUACACCCAGAAGAUGAUCACCAAAAACAUGAUGUGCUCCGGCUACCCGGGAGUGGGUGGACGCGACAGCUGUCAGGGUGACAGCGGCGGGCCCUUGGUUCGGAUGCGUCCAGACGACAAACGCUUCGAGCAGAUCGGUAUCGUCUCCUGGGGAAAUGGAUGUGCGCGACCCAACUAUCCGGGGGUCUACACUCGAGUGACCAAGUAUCUAGACUGGAUUGUGGAGAACUCGCGGGAUGGCUGCUUCUGCGACGAGGAUUACUGACUGUUAGUCACCUAGUUGUAGUUUCUCUCUUAGUUGUGUAGUCCAUAUUUUAUAUUUUUAUAUUAAAACAACUGAAUAAAAAUACAAACUGUAGUAGGUAAGAUAUCCA